GCUGGGCCAUGUAGCGCCCGCUGACCUGGGACGGUGACGUCACAGCAGCACAGAUGGCGUCCGGGGCCCGCCUGUUCUCCGCCUGUGUCGGUCUGCUGCUGUCCUGCGCCGGCGCCAACUACGGCUCAUGGAUGAACCUCGGGAUGCAGGGCCUGGACGUCUGGAGAAACCCGCAGAUCUACAUGGUGGGGACGUCCCCCCUGUGUGGCCAGAUACGGGGCCUCAGUCCGGGACAGAGGAAGCUGUGCCAGCUCCGUCAGGACCACAUGCGGAGCGUGGGCCGCGGCGCCCGGGCAGGCAUCGCCGAGUGUCAGCACCAGUUCAGCAGCAGCCGCUGGAACUGCUCCACCGUCGACGACUCGUCCGUCUUCGGGCCCGUCCUGCAGAUCCCGUCCCGGGAGGCGGCGUUCGCGCACUCGAUCGCAGCCGCCGGUGUGGUGAUGUCGGUGUCACGCGCCUGUCGGGAUGGCCAGCUGGCCUCCUGCGGCUGCUCCCGGUCAGCACGACCGGCUGACCUUGACCCCGACUGGACCUGGGGCGGCUGCGGCGACAACAUCCGAUACGGAUACAGAUUCGCCACCAACUUCGUGGAUAUUCGGGAGAGGGAGCGGAGAUACAAGAGGGGCUCCGUGAAGCAUGGCAGAUCGCUGAUGAACCUGCACAAUAACGAAGCAGGACGCCGGGCGGUCAUCGACCUGACGAAGGUCAACUGCAAGUGCCACGGUGUGUCGGGCUCCUGCUCCACCGUGACCUGCUGGCAGCGGCUGCCGGCCUUCAGAGAAGUCGGUGACACGCUGAAGGACAAGUACGACGGAGCGACGGAGGUCAAGGUCACUCGCCGCGGCCGGCUGCGCGUCAGAAACCGCCGGUACAGGAGGCCGACCGCCAACGACCUGGUCUACAUCCAGGAGAGUCCGGACUACUGCAGGAGGAACGACACGCUCGGCUCGUCUGGAACAACCGGUCGCGCGUGCGAGCGAACUUCAAAGGGCACCGACGGCUGCGGACUGCUCUGUUGUGGCCGGGGCUACAACACCCAGCGCAUUACCGUCAAUGAACGCUGCCAGUGCAAAUUCGUUUGGUGCUGUAAGGUUCAGUGCCAAAGCUGUCUCCGACAAAAGACGGUGCACACGUGCAAGUGACCGCUAACGACACCUUUCGGACGAAAGCGAACUGUGUAAAGGUGGCGCUAGGUGUCCGGGUACCCGACCGC